AUGACAUCGACCGUCCCGACGGCGCGACAGAGUGGAAUUGCAUCGGCGACGGCGGCGGCAUUGGCCGGAGCCAGCGAACGCGGACAUGAGCCGGUCCUCGUCGAGCCUGUUCUUCAAGCAGUGGUGGACGCUGUGGCUCGAGUCGGUCCGCGCUCUAUGGUUGUUGACGCCACCUUUGGCUGUGGCGGCUACACCCGCGGCUUGCUGGCGGCGACCGGAGAGGAGACCAAAGUGCUUGGCAUCGACCGCGACGCAUCGAUGGAGAUCCAUGCGGCGCCACUCGCCGAGAGACAUCCGGAGCGACUUGCCUUUGCCUGCGCGCCCUUUUCUACCAUCACUUCGCUCGAGCUGUCCGCCCCUGUGGCGGCUGUCGUCUUUGAUCUUGGCCUCAACUCGGCUGCGCUCGACGAUCCGGCCCGCGGCUUCUCCUUUCGCCCCACACAUGACGGUCCGCUGGACAUGCGGAUGAGCCCGCAAGCUGGCGGAGAGACGGCUGCUGAUCUUGUCGCUCGCAUGCCAGAGCUCGAACUCAGUGCCUUGUUUACCGAUCUUGGCGGAGAACGCCCGCGACUCGCCGCACGCAUCGCCCAAGCCCUGGUCGCCGCACGCGAAGCCGGCGCCGCCCCGACCACCACACAGGAGCUGGCAAGCUUGGUAGCCCGAAUCAAGGGCAGCAAGGCGCGUCGCAAGCGAGACCACCAUCCGGCAACACUGGUCUUUCAGGCCCUCCGCAUGGCGGUCAACCACGAAAUGGACGAGCUCCGCGCCGGACUCGCCGGCGCCCGAGACGUCCUCGCCGACGGCGGCGCCCUAGUCGUCGUCAGCUACCACUCGGGCGAGGACGGCGUGGUCAAGCGGUUCUUGCGGUCGUCGCGAAGCGCAACGCCACCGCACAAGCACUCGUUUGGUGGGCCAACUCCCGGCGCCAAGUCAAUCACAGCUCCGCGCGCCGAGGCCGCCACCAACCCACGCGCCCGGUCGGCCCGCCUCCGGGUUGGCAUCCGUGACCGCAGCAACUAG